AUGGCGGACAAACCUCUGACACUGUUCGUGAAGCUGUUUGCCGCUGGAUUUUACGGUGUGAGCUCGUUUCUCAUCGUCGUGGUGAACAAAAGUGUCCUCACCAACUACAGGUUCCCUUCUUCAAUAUGUGUCGGAAUUGGACAAAUGUUGGCCACGGUGGUAGUGCUGUGGGUGGGCAAGGCUGCGAGGGUGAUCAGCUUCCCAGACUGUGAUGAGAGCAUACCUCGAAAGACGUUUCCUCUACCUCUCCUGUAUGUGGGAAAUCAAAUCACUGGUCUGUUUGGAACCAAACGGCUGAAUUUGCCGAUGUUUACUGUCCUCAGGAGGUUCUCCAUUCUAUUCACGAUGAUGGCCGAGGCACUGCUGCUCAAGAAGAAAUUCUCCAGGCCAGUCCAGCUGACAGUAUUUACAAUGAUCCUCGGGGCGUUCAUAGCUGCGAGUGCCGACUUGGCCUUUGACAUGCAAGGCUACGUGUUCAUUCUCCUGAACGAUGUGCUGACUGCAGCCAACGGAGCCUAUGUGAAACAAAAAUUAGAUGCAAAGGAGCUGGGGAAAUAUGGAUUAUUAUAUUAUAAUGCAUUAUUUAUGAUCAUUCCCACACUACUGUUGGCUCAUCUGACUGGAGACAUGCAGAAGGCAGUGGAAUAUGACGGUUGGUCGGAUAUGUUUUUCCUCACCCAGUUCAUCCUCUCUUGCAUCAUGGGGUUUGUUCUCAUGUAUUCCACGGUGCUUUGUACACAAUACAACUCUGCAUUAACAACGACGAUUGUGGGCUGCAUCAAGAAUGUCCUGGUGACAUACAUCGGGAUGGUGUUCAGUGGAGACUACAUUUUCUCUUGGACUAACUUCAUAGGUUUGAAUAUUAGUAUUGCUGGCAGCCUGGUGUACUCCUACAUCACCCUCACAGAGGAGCAGUCCAACAAAGCGAGUGAGAGCACCAAGCUGGACAUCAAGGGCAAGGUGGUUGUAUGACACAGAGACAGAGACACUGGAUUUAAUUAUUUUUUAUGCUGAUGAACCGGAGAACUGUAUUUUUAGUACGACUUUUAUUUAUGGAGUAUUUUAGCAGUGAAAACAUGGAAUAAUGAUGGUGGGAAUGGUUUUGUGGCAACUUCCUCUCCAUGUUGUGGAAAUGGAGCCAUGGGUACGAGCCCUCCAGAGGGAUUGUGGGUUGAUGUUUUUGUUUUUAAAGCUGGUGUUUUCUUUUCUUUUUUUUAUAUAUUUGUAUUUUGAUACUGUACAUGUGAGCAUUGAGAAGAAGGGAAACAUGGAACCAAUAUUAUUUAUGUUACAACAUUUGCUGACAUUUUAGACAACAAUCUAAAUGUCGGGAUGACGAAAUGUUUCGGCUGGAAUGAUCAGUUGUUUUGAAUCAAGCGUGGGUGUGUUCAGAUGAAUUGUGGGAAUAUUAGGUAAUGUUUAUUAUAAAGGCACAAUCCUGUUUUUUUGUUUUUUUUAAAUUGCCUUUUCUGGUUUGCUGUUUACAAGGAAUGUAACUUUAGCUGCCUUCUAAGCACAGUGAGCUGCACUGACACUCGUUACACGUCGUUUGGGUCUCAUUUCUUUUGAUUAGAUUUUUUUCGAUUUUUAUCACAUACACUGUUAAAAGCUUGUGACAAGACGACAUGAUGACAGUAACCUCAUCCUGCAAACAACCAAAGUGGAUGGGCAGUGGAUUGUGGCUUUAAAUAAUGUUGCUGCCUCCUUUUUUGGGAGAUAAUUUUCAGAUUACAGUUUACAUGUUGCUCUCUCAGUAUUACAGAAUGGUUGUUGUAAGCUGGUUCUCUCUAUGCAGAAUUAACAAACAGUACUUCAUCGUUUGUUAUUUUUACAAGGGGAUCCAUCUGUUCUUCUUUUUCUUGACACGAUGUUAUCGCACUUUUAACCGAGGUAGUGAAACUGAAUUGCCUCACCUCCUGUCACAGUCAUUGAUGAGAUUAUUGUGCUCUCCUGAAGUGUAGGUUUCAGGGUUUUUUUUAAAGUAUUACAAGAGAAUCGUGGGUUUUUCUAAACCUUUAAUAGUCAGGUACGAGUGAUGACUUUUUUUGUUUUUGUUUUGUUUUUUACAUUUUUAUCUACAUCAUUUUAUAUUUAUUACUUUUUUUAGACUAAUAUUCAUUUUGUAGGUGGAGUGGCUUGUGCAUUGUUGAUGCUGAUCUGUCUCAAACACAGUAACCAUGGAUUUGUAGCAAUGGUGUAUUUUUACAUUAAAAAAAAAGACUCUGACAUGUUUUCCUUUGUUGUCGUUGUCCAAGCUACAAUGUGUGGCAGCUUGUUUACAGCGCAUACUGCGACGCUCCCGUUAUAUCCAAAUUGAGUCUCAUAUAUGGUCAUUAAUGAAGUUGAUUAAUCCGGGAUAAUUGAACACAGUUCUACCAAGGCUCUUGUGUUUACUGUAUUUGCAGCAGACAAUAAACCACAGUAGAGUGAUGGCUCCCCCUUCUGUCACAAAAAGUCACAUUGGAAACACUUAGCAGGAUUACAUGUGAGCUGUGAGUGAGGGCUCCAU